UUCCGUUUCAAGCCCCCGCAGCUUCCAACAGGUUGACCAGCUCCACGCCUCCAAGGAGGAGGAGAGAAGCCGGCACAAGCAACGCACGGAUCAAAACGAGAGGUCAAGAGCCAGAGGGGAUCAAGAAGCAGAGCAGGCGGUGAAGUAGCAAAGUCUGGGAGGCCGGGAGGGAGAUGGACGUGAGGCGGGCGCGGAGCCCUCGGGCUCCGGCCGAGGAGGAUAAGAAGAGGGCCGUGUGGCGCGGCUCCGGCGUCCGGCCGGAGAUGGUGCUGGUCGGCUUCCUCAUCACGCUGGCUCUCCUGGUGUUCGUCUUCGGCGGCCGCUGGGGCAGCAGCUCCCUCCCCUCCUCCUCCUCCGGCCCCAAGCCCGUCGACCCCCACGUCGCCGCCGGCGCAACGCCUCAAAGUCGAAAAACUGUUACUCCGAAGAACGUCUCUGCAUCGACCACAACACCUCUGUCCCAGGACAAGCUGCUCGGAGGAUUACUUUCUGCGGCAUUCCAAGAAUCGUCCUGCCAGAGCCGCUACAAAUCGAAUCUCUACCGGAAGCCAUCCCCUUUCCCGCUCUCCCCUUACCUCGUGCAGAAGCUGAGGAAGUACGAGGUGUACCACAAGAAAUGCGGCCCGGGAACCAAGCGCUACCGCAGGGCCAUCAAGCAGCUCAAUGCCGGGCGCAACGUCGACAACUCGGAGUGCAAGUACGUGGUGUGGUUCCCCUGCAACGGCCUCGGCAACCGCAUGCUCACCAUCGCCUCCACUUUCCUCUACGCCCUCCUCACCGACCGGGUGCUCCUCAUGCACGUCGCGCCGGAGCAAGAGGGCCUCUUCUGCGAGCCGUUCCCGGGCAGCUCGUGGGUGCUCCCUGGGAACUUCCCUCACAACAACCCCCAGAGCCUCCACAUCGGCGCGCCGGAGAGCUACGCCAACAUGCUCAAGAACAAUGUCAUCCGCAACGACGACCCGAACAUGCCGGCGUCGUCGCUGCCGCCGUACGUCUACCUCCACGUCGAGCAGUUCCGCCUGAAGCUGUCUGACAAUGUCUUCUGCGAUGAGGAUCAGGUGAUGCUCAGCAAGUUCAACUGGAUGAUACUCAAGUCUGACAGCUACUUCGCGCCGGCGCUCUUCCUGACGCCGAUGUUCGAGAAGGAGCUCGCAAGGAUGUUCCCGCAGAAGGAGGCGGUGUUCCAUCACCUGGGACGGUACCUCUUCCACCCGACGAACCGAGUCUGGGGGAUCAUAAGAAGAUACUACGAAGCGUAUCUUACAAGGGUGGACGAGAAGAUCGGGUUUCAGAUUCGGAUUUUCCCCGAGAAGCCGGUCAAGUUCGAGAACAUGUAUGAUCAGCUCAUCAGGUGCAUCAGGGAGCAGCAGCUGUUGCCGGAACUCGGCACCGCCGAGCCGACAAACUCGACAGCUGAUGCAGGGAAGGUGAAGGCCGUUCUGAUCGCUUCCCUGUACUCAGGGUACUACGAGAAGAUCCGUGGCAUGUACUACGAGAAUCCGACCAAGACCGGCGAGAUCGUGGCGGUGUACCAGCCAAGCCACGAGGAGCAGCAGCAGUACACGUCGAGUGAGCACAACCAGAAGGCGCUGGCCGAGAUCUACCUGCUCAGCUACUGCGACAAGAUCACAAUGAGCGCCUGGUCCACGUUCGGGUACGUCGCGUACAGCUUCGCCGGCGUGAAGCCGUGGAUCCUGCUCCGGCCGGACUGGGACAAGGAGAGGUCCGAGGUCGCGUGCGUCCGGUCGGCGUCCGUCGAGCCGUGCCUGCACUCGCCGCCGAUCCUCAGUUGCAGGGCGAAGAAGGAGGUCGACGUGGCCGUCGUCAAGCCGUACGUCCGGCACUGCGAGGACGUCGGGUUCGGUCUCAAGUUGUUCGACAGCUAACUUCGAGUGGACAGUUUGAUUCAAUCCCGCCUUCCGAAUUGCGCAUGUACGUUUAGUCCUGUGGAGUAAUUAGGCCUUUGGAGAUUCGUUGUAUUCGUUUUCGAUCGGUAUCUUCUUGUACACCUGGAUAUUACAAAGAUAUAUACCUUCAUGUGCUGAAUUCAAAUUC